CCAAAAUCAUGCAGGGGUCGUUAAGGUUGCAAAUAGGUGUCAGAACUUCUGACCAUCUGAAUGUUUGUACAGUAGAGUUAUUCGCAAUACUGAUGGCAUUAAGAUCAGUGGAAAUAAAUGGGAGUGAGAAAAUACUUGAUGGCAGCACUUAAAAGGGUAGCCAUAAAGCUGUCAAAAGAAGAGGGAAAAUGCAUAGUGUGGACAAAGAUCCUGGAGAAGUGGCAGGAGGCGUGGGAUAAAGACUGUAAAAGGAGGGAGCUAAUGUUAAGAGAUGUGAAGAAAGCUGGUUUGAAAGAAGUUAGCUUGGAAAGUUUAUUGGUGAUUGGGAGCGAGGAAAGAGGUUUUAGUGCAUUGAUGCGGUUUUAAUGCUGAACUAGGAUUUAAGACAGGGGAUUGCGCUAGGGGGCGGUAAUGCAACGUUCGGGUUACCGUCCGUCGUUAAACAACACAGAACAAGAAGUGGGAGACGAAGAAGAAACUAAAUUUGAUGCUAACAUUACCCUCAACUGGCGGUUGAAAUUCAUCGUCUUGAUGUUGUACGGUUAACCCAUGGAUUGUUUAUCGUUUAAGUUUUUUACGGUGUGAAUAUUAAUUUAGCCUCUGGGCGAAACUAGCCGUAUCCCUGAUGAUAUGAGCAGCUCUGCUCAGAGGAAGAGGAGGGCAACACAAAGUCCUCUGGUUUCCAGAACCAUCGCCAAGAUCAGCAGAGCACCUAACACUAGGAGAACUGGCAGAGCAGCCAGGACGGCAGCUAACAUUAGAUCGACAUCAAAUAGUGACCCCACCCCCACAGAGACCAUUAAUGUGAUGGACAACACAGAGGACAGUGUGGAGGAGGUGGUGGAUCUGACAUGUGAAGGAUCAGAAGCUGCUGUGGUGGACCUGACGAACAAUGACUCAGUGCUGCUGGUUGAUGAAGGUUGGUGCCCUCCAUCAGGUCCUCAUAGGAGAGUGCCAACAGGUGAGAGUUACAUUGUCAGCAGUGAUGAAGAUGAGGACACUCCUCCCAUCCUAACCUCUGCUGUGGUGACAUCUCAACACAGUACCAGGUUGACCCCAGGGACCAUCAGCUGUCCCAUAUGUAUGGACUCGUAUUUAGAGAUCAUAGAAAGUGGCCGAUUGGUUGUUUCUACGAAAUGUGGACAUGUGUUCUGCAGCCAGUGUCUGAGAGACGCUCUGUCAUCAUCACAUACAUGUCCCACGUGUAGAAAGAGGCUAAUGCCUCGCCAGUAUCAUCCCCUCUACGUCUGACCUCAGCACAUGGUUACUGUUUUUGCUGCUGACCCAUUUUUGUCUGAGGAAAAUGGAUCCUUUUGACAGAGCUGCUUAUUGGUAGAGAAAAUAUGAUUGAUAUAUUAUUGAUGUGUCUCAGUUGAAAUUUACAUUUUUGAUUUGUUUGUGUAACACAGAUGAAAUAAAAACGUUCAGACUAAUAUAGUAAAUUAAUUUAGUUCAAACUAAUAAAUCAGAUGUUGCUGUGUACUUCUACUCUGAAGUAACCAAGUAAUACCACUUUCAAUUGUUUUUAUUUAGCAUUAGCAGAAACAAAUUUUUAAUAAUAAAAUUAUCAGUGAUCUUUCAAGUAUCUUUUAAUUGUUUAAAAGAUACUUGAUUUACAUUCCAGAUGGGUGUUGCAUAAAAUCAGAAAAAAUAAAGGAUUGGGCUGGGGUUUGUCCAAAUAUACUUCUACUUCAUUUAGUUGCAUAAGAGCAGGGUCCCUUAAUUUCAAUAUAGUUUCUACUGGUAUUUAUUUGGUGUUUCCUGUCUUGUGAUAUCCAAAUAUUCCAUCUUGAUUUAGCCCAGACUUUGUUGCACAAGGGCAGAUGAAAUUAGGUUAUGGAGAUUUAUUCUCUGACGUUAGCCUGGUGUAGAGUAGAAUAACAUCUGGGAUAGAUGAAUCCUAAUGACUCUAAAUUAGUUAGUUUAUUUAUUAGUUUAUUUAGUUAGUUUGUUUAUCUCUGUUAUUUACAUUUUUUUCUGCUAAUAUAUGGCUUAAUUUUAUUUGUUACACGUAACAUUGAUGUAAGUGUGCAAUUGAGUAUUAUUUCUUUUUAGAGCCAAUUUAAAACAAAAAUGAUCUCAAAGCACUUAGGCCCAACAAAACUGACGCUUCUAUUUGUUGCCAAUUCAAUAAAGUAUGCCAAGGUUUUGUGCAGUUCGUCUAGAAUUGGCCACAUGAUUUUUUCCCUUAAUUGUUCAAAGCAGUAUAGGCAAUAAAAGAUAUGAGACACA